GUUUCAUGUAAGAUGUUAUAAUAAUAAUUGAAUUAAGUACAGUUUUGGGUUUUUUAAAUGCGGUAACAAUGGCAGAAUGGGAUUCAUUGCCUGAAUUAAUACUGACUCAUAUAUUGGGAUAUUUACCUCGACGAGAUCGAAUUUAUUGCGGUAUGGUGUGCCGAACUUGGUCAAGAGCAUUAGACAAUCCCAUAUUAUGGAGACAUUUAAAAGUAUAUAUUGAUUCAGACCUUAAGGAACCAUGGACUAAUAUAUUAACAAUGAAAUUUGGACGGUAUAUACAUUCAUUAGAUUUAGCUUGGUCAAAACCAUACAUGCCACGCCAAUGGAUAAGAGAUCGUUUAAAUUUAAUUGCUCAUGAUAGUUGCCGAUAUUUUAUGCUGUUAACGGGAGAAGGGGUUCAACUCACAUGCUUACGCCUAACAGAUUGGUUUUUUGCAUGGAAAUUUAAAAAAAUGACAUAUCAUUUAUCAAAUUUUAUUAGCACACAAACGAAAUUAGAAUAUGUAAGCUUUUACAAUGCAAAUCUUGGACCACCAGAAAUGUUGAAAUUACUUUCGUCAUGUACACGAAGUUCACAUAACUCAUUACGAUAUGUAGAUAUAAGAAGUGCUUUUCAUGAAUGGCAAACGGCAUUCUCAUUUCCACGAUUUAUUCGAGCACUGGAGCGAUUACAAUUUUUAACUGUAUUGAAGAUUGACUAUCCAUCUUUAUCGAAUGAAACACUUUAUGCAAUUGGAAGAAGCGCAAAUAAUGUAUUAAGUUUUUUGGAUAUACGUGUAAGAGAUUCAGAUUCUCGAGGGCAUUUAAUCAGCGAGGAUGCGUGGCAUGAUUUAUGCAGUAAAUGUAAAAAUUUACGAGUAGGCUUAAAAUUAAUUAAUAUUUGUCAUUUUGAAGAUACAUCGUACUUAUUAGUUCGUGGUAUGCCACUUCGCAACUUUAGUAUGAUAUCGGGGUUUGUGUGGGAUCAAAGUAGAAGCCGAAACUUAAGAGCAACAUUGAAACUUUUGAUUGUUAAUUUUUAUGAAACAUUAGUUGAAGUUCAUUUACAUCUACGAAAUAACAGAGAACAAUUGGAUGACCUGCUUAUAACUAUGUUAAAACAAUGCCCCUUGUUACAAAAAUUAGACUACGAUGGAAUUUUACGUAGUAUGGAAGUUGUAAGAGAUAUUUGUGACCUACAAUGUGAUCCUACAUAUUCAAAAUUCAAAGAAAUUUAUAUUCAACCAAGAAGUUUGAAUCUGUACAACCACUCUGUAAUACAACAAUUACAAAGUGAAUUUGGAUACAAAAUGAAAUCAUUAAAUAUAGACUUUCAUAUAGAAGAUGCUUCCUCUGUUUUAAUGUUCUAUUAA